CUCCAUGGACGUUUUCUGGGCAGUGGCUGCAGGCCCAACCUGUGGAGAGGGGAGGGAGGUCUUGGGUGGGCUCUGGCUGAGGGAUCGGAUGCCCCAGGGCCCCUGUCUCAGCUGGGGGGAAGAGAGGGCUGUAUUCCAUUCUGCCAUGCUCAUGGUGGUGGGGCAGUGCCCCCACAGGCAGGGUCAGGACCCCUGAGCCAAAGCCUGCUGCCCUGGGGCAUGACUGGCCUGCCUGGGUGCUUGUGCAUCCUGGAGCCACGGCAGGGCGGGAGAGCAGGCCCAUCAGAUAUGGAAAAAUCUGGCAGCCAUGCUGGUGUGGAAUUUUCCCCAUUCCAGAGUCGCCCAGUAGUGGGGGUGGGGGGGCGUGCAGUGGGGCUAUGACAUGGCCCAUGCUCCACUGGGCAUCCAGCUCCUUUGUCACUGCCUGCAGCUGGAGCUGAGCAUUACAUGGGGCCACAGACAGGCAUUAGUCCCCAUCCUUGCCCCUCAGUUGAAGGAGGGAAGCCCAGCUGGAAAACGGUGGAUCCUGGGUGGGGGGCACCUGCAUGCUGAUGGCACUGUGCUCAGCCCUGAUGGGUGCUCUGGAGAGGUGGGGUCAGCUGAGAGCUCUGAGGGGCUGGCCAGUUGCGGACGGGUCCCUUGCCUGAGCUACCCUCAGAAAUUCCGGCACCACCCCCAACCCCCAACCGUGUCUCAGGAGUGGAAAAGUGUGUCCCCAGCCUGCACUGACUGGAGCAGGGGACCAAACCCUCCACUGAACCCUCUCAUCUGGCCGCCGCCUUCUUCCCAGAGCAGGGCAGGCCUCACCACCACCACGCCACCCCGUUUCCCAGGCAGCCUCGAAUCCCCUCAGAGCUUGGGAGCUCAGCCGAGACUCAGGGUCCGGUGGCGGGACAAUGGCCCCGUUGGCGCGUCUGAGACAAAUGAGCCUUGUUGGGCCGCCGGCGGGGGCGCGAUGCUGUCCCGGACUCGCUGAAUGCGGCUUCUGUGCAUCCCGGGCGCGCGUGGAAGGGUCGGGAGGGGACCGGGGUCGGGGGCGCCCAUUGGCCGAGGUGCAGGGGGCUGGGCGAGUCUGACGGCCGCACCUGGCCGGAGCCCGCGCAGCGGCGUCGGGGGCGGGGCGGGAGCAUGGCUCAGGCCCCGCGGAGCAUGAGGCUCCGGCGGGUACGCCCCGCCGCCUAGUAAGCGCCCGGGCGGCGCGGCCCCGGGCCGAACCAGCACGCGGAGCCCGAGGAGAACGGGGAGAAGGGCAAAGGUGAGGUGUGGUUGCGCACCCCCACACCUGGUCCCAGAGGUGUCCUGACUUGCCAUGUGAGCUUAGGUGUCUGAGAUGCCGCUGCCUCAGAGGAAACGCUGGGAGUCCAUGGCCAAGGGGCUGGUGCUGGGAGCACUCUUCACCAGCUUCCUGCUGCUGCUCUACUCGUAUGCGGUGCCCCCGCUGCACGCUGGCCUGCCCUCUGCGACCCCGGAAGGCGUAGCGUCCUGCUCCCCAGCCCCGGGUGAGGCAGAGACGGCCGCCACUGCUAACGGCUCGUCUGGAGGGUGCCAGCCACGGCGGGACAUCGUGUUCAUGAAGACGCACAAGACCGCCAGUAGCACGCUGCUCAACAUCUUGUUCCGCUUCGGCCAGAAGCACGGGCUCAAGUUCGCCUUCCCCAAUGGCCGCAACGACUUUGACUACCCGGCCUUCUUCGCCCGCAGCCUGGUGCAGGACUACCGGCCGGGGGCCUGCUUCAACAUCAUCUGCAACCACAUGCGCUUUCACUACGAGGAGGUCCGGGGCCUAGUGCCGCCCAACGCCACCUUCAUCACCGUGCUGCGCGACCCCGCCCGCCUCUUUGAGUCCUCCUUCCACUACUUCGGCUCGGUGGUGCCCUUCACCUGGAAGCUCUCAGGCCGGGACAAGCUGGCCGAGUUCCUGCAGGACCCUGACCGCUACUACGACCCCAACGGCUACAACGCCCACUACCUCCGCAACCUGCUCUUCUUCGACCUGGGCUACGACAGCGGCCUGGACCCCCGCAGCCCGCAGGUGCAGGAGCACAUCCUGGAGGUGGAGCGCCGCUUCCACCUGGUGCUCCUGCAGGAGUACUUCGACGAGUCCCUGGUGCUACUCAAGGACCUGCUGUGCUGGGAGCUGGAGGACGUGCUCUACUUCAAGCUCAACGCCCGCCGCGCCUCAGCCGUGCCCCGCCUGUCAGGGGAGCUGUACCGGCGUGCCACGGCCUGGAAUGUGCUGGAUGCCCGCCUCUACCGGCACUUCAACGCCAGCUUCUGGCGAAAGGUGGAAGCGUUCGGGCGGGAGCGCAUGGCCCGCGAGGUGGCCGCCCUGCGGCGCGCCAACGAGCGCAUGCGGCGCAUCUGCAUCGACGGGGGCCACGCGGUGGACGCUGCCGCCAUCCAGGACUCGGCCAUGCAGCCCUGGCAGCCGCUGGGCGCCAAGUCCAUCCUGGGCUACAACCUCAAGAAGAGCAUUGGGCAGCGACACGCACAGCUCUGUCGCCGCAUGCUCACGCCCGAGAUCCAGUACCUGAUGGACCUCGGCGUCAACCUCUGGAUCACCAAGCUCUGGAAGCUCGUUCGAGACUUUCUGCAGUGGUAACAUCCUGCCCACCCAGCGGCCCACCCCGCCUGCUCACCUGAUGAGGAGGAGCCAGGCAGGGACCUGCUGGCCUUCCCCGACCCCCUCCUGGUGCCACCUCGGUCCCCGAGGUAAGGUGGGGCUGCCGUGGGGAUGCAGCUGGCCAGGACUGGGCCCAAGGCGUGCAGAGAGGGCCUGAGAUCAGCGUUUGAUUCGUUAUACAGUUUUUAAAAUUAAAUCCCCCUUCCUGUUUCUACUUCCCGCCUCCCCUUAAAGGGGAGACUUCAAAAGUAAAGGCA